CCUGGCAGUGGCUCGUCUCCAUUUCAUGGAAAUCCCGUACGUCGCUCUCCUCAUCGCGACCCUCCUCGCCGUGCAUGGCCUGCGAAAGAAAAGCCUCUCAUUCAGCGGAGCUGUCACCGCGUUCAUCGUGGGAACUCUUAUGAUGGCGGGAGACACCAAGGUCUUUGGUGUGGCGCUCAUAUUUUUUUACCUAGUGGGCAGUCGGGCGACGAGGUAUGGGAAGCAACGGAAAGCAAAGCUUGAAGACGGCUACACAGAGGGCGGAGAACGAACAGGGUGGCAGGUCCUGAGCAACUCAUGUGGGGCGUUGGUGUGUUGCAUGGUAUGGAACGCGACGUACGCACCAGGGAGUGUCCACCAUGCUCUGUUGCCCCUCUCAUCAUUGUCCCCACCGACGAACCUGGUCGAGCCUGGUACACUAAGCCGCCAGUUGGUGUUUGGCGCCCUAGGUCAUUUUGGGUGCUGUCUAGGAGACACGCUAGCGAGCGAGCUGGGUAUUCUGAGUGGUGGGAAGGGGCCCUGGCUGGUAACGACGGGAAAGAGGGUCCCUCCUGGAACGAAUGGCGGCGUGAGCGUGGGCGGGACGGUGGCAAGCGUGGUCGGUGGAGCCGGCGUUGGAGCCGUCAUGACGGUAUGGGGUGGGUUGGAAAUGGUGUGGUGGGGCGCGCUGGCGGGUGGACUGGGUAGUUUGGUGGAUUCGGUGUUGGGGGCGACGAUCCAAGAGACGAGAUGGGAGGAGCAAACUGGAAUCGUUGGGAAAGGGAAGAGAAUCAAUGGCUGGGAUUUGUUGUCGAACAACCAGGUCAAUGUAGUAUCGAGUUUGGUUACGGCUACGUGGAUGUCGCGUAUGUAGAGAGCGAAUUGGGUUAUCUGUACUACUUAGAAAUUGAAUAAAUAUAUCAUUUCUCUGG